ACAAUCACUGACUACGUUCGUAGUCGUAGCAACCUGCCUUGUCAGUCCCGAGUUUAUUAUACUUACAUAGUCUGGUACGUUAUUAACAAUCAUGGCAAAGGAAGGCGAGCAGCGAAAAGGACAAUUGCAUAAAGGACCUGUGACCGCGCCCCUGAAGUCGGUGCCCGGUUAUAAGCCGGUUUGCUCAAUACCAGCAAAGUUUGAGACUAUCCUCUACACGGGACCCAGGGAAAAAAAGGGCUUCAGCGCGGAAAGCAGGCGUUUCCAGGAGCCCGAGAACGAUUUACCUGGGCCUGGCAGCUACAACUCCCAGCCUUUACCACUGGACCAAACCCGGCCGGAGUCAAUAGGGAAGAAGGGCUUUGGCGCUAUGGUUUCGCAGACACGAAGGUUUUCGCAUCGCAUCUGCUACACUGGGCCGGGACCAGCAGACUACAUAAAGCAUAAGCCAGCUGUGGAUGGCAAGAGCUUCAGCAAAGCAGCCGUCACGUCUGCGUUCCAAGACAAGUCGGCCUCAUCGCUGGUGCCGUUAGACCGGGGGGCUCCCCACCUUGGCCCCGGGACGUACGAGGGAGCAGGCAUCACACGCAAGGGUGACCGGGUGGACUACACCAGCCGGCCGGGCGCCAGCUCGGCCUUCAAGGCGACUGGCGGGCACGAGUUGAUCCUGGCAGGCAACUUGGAGGCACCACCGCCGACCAGCUAUGACCUGGGCGACCCAUGGGACAUGACGCAUCCUCUGUCGCGCGGAGGCUCUCGCAUGGGCACCUCCUCGUUUAGCGGCAAUGCUGGGCGUUACGGGGGCUCGGUGGGCUCUAUGGCCGCAACACUGGACUCGUUGCUGUUCGGGGCGCCCUCAGCAGCAGCAGCCAAGCCGGAGACAGGGCCAGGGCCGGGCGCCUAUGAGCUGCAGGAUUUUGCCUCCAUUCGUGCUAAACUGAGCCGCGAGGCGCACCGACCCAGCCCGCAGUUCCUGACGCCUGAGAACGCAGCGGCGCAGCGGCGGCAGUCACGCCAGGUGCUGGCGAGCACGAGCGAGAAGGUGGCGCAUGACUACCUAGAGCCCACACACGCGCCCCUGCAUUCGCACAGCCCGCCCAAGGGCGUGUCGGCGCCGUUCCGCAGCCGCAGCGCAGGGCAUGAGGAGGUCAUCGACCAGCGCUCGUAUGCGGCGUCUGCGAACGCACCUGGGCCAGCGUACUACCAGCCCCCAACGGUCCUCCGCAAAUCCUUCCACAGAAACAACAAAAAGAACUACAUGACAUUAGCGUUUUAGUCGGGUUGGGAAUGGAAAUUAGAGUAGAUCGGGAAAGCUGCAGGCAUGACAGGUGGUAUAUUAGGUAGGUAGAGUUAGCAGGAGGUGGCGGUGGACGUGUAGAUGUAGUACUGUGCUAAUACAUUAUAGCCGCAGGAGGCGGAGCUGUAUGCUUUUGAAUUCAUACUUCGUACCACGGAUUCUUGCUCAAUGUCCCAGCAAUGAACGGUAACGCCUCCGUAUGCAUGCUGACGAGACUGUCGACAUGGUGAUUGAUGUUGGACGUGUGACGUGCAUGAUUCCCUUUUCCCGCUAUGGUCCAUGUACUUUGCUAUGAUGGACGGUACUUAUGGUUGCAGGUUUGCAAGCAGGAACACAAGUGGAAUGCGUCAAGUGAACAGUACCGAUUUCGCAUUUACAUGUCCGGGGUACUAGUUCGUGACAUGACCCAAUUGGCAAUGGUCCAUUUUGUAGGUAUAGGUAAACAGAGUUUCCAGGGCCUACAACCACGUGUGUGCCCAUCA